CUCUCCUCUAUGCGGUACAUAUACCUAAUAUGCCCAACAUUUUGACUGUAUGUGUUUCAUCCUUAGCUGACGUUUAAGUAACAGGACCCUUCUGAAAGUAGCUAAAAAAAUAUUCUGAGACUUUUCUGUGGCAGCAAAGAUCAUGAAACUGCGGGUCCAGCUGCAGUGUAAGAACCUUCAUGAGUACUUGAGAGAACUGAGCCCUGAGAUACUGGACAGACUGUAUAACCACCCAGCAACAUGUCUGGGUGUCUACAGGGAACUUCCGUCACUUGCUAAGAACUAUGUGAUGCGCAUGCUGUUCCUGGACCAGCCUCUCCCCCAGGCAGCUGUGGCACUGUGGGUAAAAAAAGAUAGUAAGAGGGACCAUGAUGACUGUGUCUCAGUGUUGACAGGUCUUCGCCUUUGGCACAGUCAGCACCUUCAGGGCGGGCUUCAAGGAUACUUUUUAAAUCCAGUGUUCAAAGACAACCUAGGAACAGCACUGCUUGGAGGGGGUGCGCAGUGGGCGGAUGAGGGUAGCACUCUGGGUCCUGAUCGCCAUGCACGAGACAUUGAGAGCCUUGACCGCUAUGCUAUGGAACGCUGGGAAGUUAUCCUGCAGUUCAUGGUGGGUUCACCCAGUGCUGUUAGUCAAGACCUGGCUCAGCUGUUGGUUCAAGCAGGCCUCAUGAAAAGUGAGGCAGGAGAAGCACCAUACAUCACCUCUGCUGGUUUCCAGUUCCUUCUUUUGGACACAGCCUCUCAGCUUUGGUACUUCACCUUACAGUACCUCAAAACUGCUCAGUCAAGAGGAAUGGAGCUUGUGGAGAUCCUCUCUUUCUUGUUCCAGCUCAGUUUCUCUACUCUGGGAAGAGAUUAUUCAGUGGAGGGCAUGAGCGAGUCAUUGCUUACUUUCCUGCAGCACCUUCGGGAGUUUGGACUGGUGUUUCAGCGUAAGAGGAAGUCACGGCGGUAUUACCCCACCAGACUGGCAAUUACUCUGGCUGCUGGAGUCACAAACAACUCCUCCUCCUCUUCCUCCUACAACAUUGCUUCCAUUCCUGGAACUAAAGACGCAGGCUUCAUUGUUGUGGAAACCAAUUAUCGUAUCUAUGCCUACACAGAUUCAGAACUUCAGAUUGCUCUGGUGGCUCUGUUCAGUGAAAUGUUGUAUCGCUUUCCCAAUGUAGUGGUCGCACAGCUUACAAGAGAAUCCGUUCAACAGGCCAUUGCUAAUGGGAUCACUGCUCAACAGAUCAUCCACUUUCUAAGGACCAGAGCUCACCCAGUGCUGCUCACACAGACCCCAGUGCUGCCUCCAACCAUAACAGAUCAGAUCAGACUGUGGGAGCUGGAGAGAGAUCGGCUGCAGUUCACGGAGGGAGUGCUCUACAAUCAGUUCCUGUCCCAAGCAGACUUUGAGGUGCUGCGAGACAGAGCUCAGGGCUUGGGCUGUCUGGUGUGGCAGGAUGUUGCUCACAGGGUUAUGGUUGUGACAUCCCAUGGACACAGCGAGGUCAAGAGGUUCUGGAAACAGCAGAGGUCUCACACAUAAUCAGGGAAAGAUGCUCACGGAGGAGUGACUCUGUCGAUUGGAAUCUUGUUCUCUAACAUGUUUUUUUUAAUAAAAUUAAUGAUCCCUG